GAAGUGGACCUCAUUCAAAUUUCAGGUCGUCCUAACCUGGAGAUGUGGCAUGCUGGCGUUAACUUAGCCAAACUGACCUCUACACCUUUGUCCGUGUUGUACAGUGAACCGCCUCGCACAAAGGGCCGGCUUACUGGGACCGAAUUAUGGUCUUGUGUCUUACUGGGUGGCGCUACCAAGGUUGGAGAUGAAGAAGUCCUCAUCCUUGACGACUGGAUUAAAUUCAAAUCUUCGCACCGGCUUGCUCAACUAAUGAAGGUUCGUUUUCAAGUCUAUUUCAACCCAGAUGACUCUGGAAACUCGCUUUCCAAACCCAUUACCUUUGACUACCUAAAGAGUCUCAAGAAGUGCAUUGACAAGCUAUUAGAUUGCAAAAUCCGAAGACCCGGUCCCACAGACUGGGACCAACAAACCAUAGAAGGCCGACUCUUGCAGAUUAUUGUCGACUUGUUCACUAGUGAGCCACCUGUUUUAACACAUGUAAAAACGGAACGCUCGGAUGCAUCAGAACGGGAUAACAAGAAUUUUUCACUCUAUCAACAGCGAGGCAAAUUCCCGCCACGAGGCGGCGGCAGCGGUCUUGAUCGCCGAAACUUUUAA